UCUGAUUCUUCUUCUUACUUCUCUCCGAAUAACUGAAGUCUAGUCAAGGAACAUUCACUCUUCCGGUUGAACAUUGAAGUUGGUUAUAGAAAUAUUCAUCAUGGUGAAUGUCCCUAAACAACGCAGGACGUUUUGUAAGAAGUGCAAAGUCCAUAAGCCCCACAAGGUAACACAGUACAAGAAGUCCAAGGAACGACAUGCUUCCCAGGGUAGGAGACGUUACGACAGGAAACAGCAAGGUUACGGUGGCCAAACAAAACCUAUUUUCAGGAAAAAGGCUAAAACCACCAAGAAGAUUGUGCUGAGGAUGGAGUGCACUGACUGUAAAUACAGGAAACAGAUUCCUCUGAAGCGCUGCAAGCACUUCGAGUUGGGAGGAGAUAAGAAGAGGAAGGGCCAGAUGAUCCAGUUCUAAUCUUUUUGGUAUUGUUGAUUCAUUAAAAUGUCCUUUUAAUAAACUUUUCUUGUACUUGUUA